UUAAACUACUCUAUCAUUAAUAUAAAAGUGUUGUUCAGUGAAGAAAAAAAUCAGUGCAAUAAUGACUGAAUUGAAUAUCUUUGAAUUGCAUGAAGAGUUACCACUGUUUGAGUUGGAUGUCCAUCACUUGGACAAUGACCAACGCGACAGACUUUUUCAAUAUCUUGAUGUUAACAAUAAUAGUGUUUUGACUGUCGAUGAGUUCAGACGGUUAUUCAAGUUAUUAUUUUAUUCAACUAAAUACCGGGAAAAUCAUUUAAAUGAUAAGUUAGAGACAAAAUUACUAAAUGCGUUGAAUAUCAAAGAUUAUGAGACAAUAGAUGUCCAAAAAUUUAAUAUAAUUUGGGAAAAAUGGAUUAAAGUUAUAUUGAAACCCCAGUCGGCAUUGGUUAUAGUGGACGUACAAAAUGAUUUCAUUGCAAAUAGUGGUUCAAUGACUGUAAAAAGUGGCCAAACAAUAGUGCCGGUGAUAAAUGAGUUGAUCCAAACCAUCAACUUUGAUGUCAUUGUCUAUACAUAUGAUUGGCAUCCAUGGAAUCACUGUUCGUUUAUCGAUAGUGUCCACAAUACGGAUAUCGAUAGAUCACUGAUUGAAACGUUUGGCAAAAAUAUUGCGGACAUCGGUGUCGGCGAUCAAGUUAUUUAUGAAAAAUAUCCGAAAGUUGUUCAACAUUUGUGUCCUAAACAUUGUGCUCAGGAUAGCGAUGGCGCCAAACUGUAUAAGGAUUUAGUAAUUUCAGAGAACAGUAUGUUUAUCGCUAAAGGUAUGGAUCCUGAUAUUGAUAGCCACUCGGCGUUUGCCAAUAAUAGUAAGGGAAAGGGUAGCGAAACAGAGUUGCAUAACAAACUUCAACAGUUAGGUAUCACUGAUAUAUAUGUGACGGGAGUGUUAUACGAGUAUUGUGUGGGUCAGACAGCUAUGGAUGGUCUUAAUAGAGGCUACAGAACCGUCAUUAUAGAGGACGCCGUUCGGGAACUGUCGUGUAGUUUGAAAGAUGAUAUGAAAAAUUGUUUGAUUAAAAAUAAUGCAUAUUUUAUCAAAUCUAAAGACGUAUUGGAUUUGGUUAACAGCACUGUCAGGAGUGUCCAAAUGGCACUCGUAUUGGCCAACAAAGUGUUUAAUAAUAAUAAUAAACUCUCAUAAUUAAUCAAUUAUUAUGUUUAAUAAUAUUUUUUUUUUAAAUAAUUAUUUUAUUAUAUUUUAA